UAACUCAAGGAGGAAAAAAAAAACUCAUGGUGGAUACAGUCUGAAGUUGGGACUGAAUUUGUUAAUCGGAUAAGCGGGAGUUUCUCACUGUGUGAACCUUAUCUGAUCGUUGAUAGCAAAGUCAAUACCUUCAGAGAGCAGUAACCCGUCGACUGUGCGGCAAAGUUGGAAUCAAUCGGCACUGGCAAGGUGUUACAUCUUUUUGCAACGCCAUAACCUAGAAGUCAACAUCCGCAACGAACUUGCCUCUUUGGGGUACUUCAUUUGAGCUGCAGUGGAACGUUUAACGUUUUCGCUAACAUUCCAAGCGCGCGAUGAAGAAAGUUAAGAUGUUUUGAGUGCGGAGGAAAUGCGCCUACAAUAAUCAUAUGGGUUUAAUAUUUCUAUGGUUUCUUAUAGGAAAUCCAGACUUCGUAUGGCGUGAUUGAAGUUAUCUUCAAAACUGUGAGCCACUGUUGAUGUGUCAUAUUUUUCUCUGGCAUAGGCUAGUAUUUCAGUGUUUGUUGAAACGAGUUGCUUUGCCAAGGAGUCUUCGUUUUCAACCUUUUAUGGAGAAGUUCUACUUGUAUGCUAUCUAAUCCUGGCGGCGUGACAAUUUUCUUGUAGCCGUCUUGCUUCGUAAACCGUGAUUCACCUUUGAUUUAAACCCUGAUUGGAUACCAGAGAAAGUUGGACUAAGAACUUGAGUUAAAUUAGCCUACUUAUUUGGAAGAGUAGACACUUUUGCUACGUGAACAUUUUUCAUUUAUUUGACAACAACAACGCAAUUGAUGUGUUAUAACAGACCACACCAUCUCCCUAAAACGGUAUCAGAUUUCCCACUUGCGGAGACGAGAGAUCAGUCGCCGCGCGAUUAAACUGGAUACAAAAUGGCGGCGUCCCUGGGACGAAUUGGAUCGGUUUCUGGCUAUGGUUUUUAUUUAGUUUUGUCUCUGGAAUUGUUAAUCAAUUGCGAAUUGAGUUCAGAUUUACCAUGUGCUCAAAACUGUACCUGCACUGGAGAUUCUGUGGACUGUAGUCAUUUGGAUUUGACGGAAACACCGCUGGACCUGCCAAUACGGACAGUUUCGCUAAAUCUUGGCCACAACAAGCUGACAGCCCUGGACACUGAAGUCUUCUCCAACCUUCUAAACUUACGAGAGCUGCACCUGGACCAUAAUGAGCUGAUGUCCAUUCCUGACCUGGGACAGGCUGCCUCCAAGAUCGCGUCCCUUUACCUACACCACAAUAAGAUUCGCACCAUCGAUGGGAGGAGGAUGAGAGAUCUGGUCUCGGUGGAAACCCUGGACUUAAGCAACAAUGACAUCACUGAAGUCAGAGGUCAAGGUUUCCCUGCAGGUCUCCAGAUCAAAGACCUGUACCUAAGCAACAACAAAAUCGCGCUCCUGGAGGCCGGAGCCCUGGACCAGCUGUCAUCGUCCCUGCAGAUUCUGAGACUGAGUCGGAACCGCAUCUCUCAGGUUCCUGUCAAGGCUUUCCAGCUCUCCAAACUCACCCAACUUGAGCUGAACAGGAACCGUUUGAGACAGGUGGAGGGACUGACCUUCCAGGGCCUGGCCAGUCUAGAGGUCCUCAAACUACAGAGAAACAACAUCAGCAAGCUUACAGAUGGCGCUUUCUGGGGCCUGGCCAAGAUGAAAGUCCUUCACCUGGACUACAACAGCCUGAGGGAGGUGAACAGUGGCUCCCUGUACGGCUUGUCUUCUCUGCUGCAGCUCUUCCUCAGCAACAACUCCAUCUCCCACAUGAAUCCAGACGGCUGGCGGUUCUGCCAGAGGCUACGAGAGCUGUCUCUGUCCUACAACAACCUGAGUCGCCUGGACGAAGGUAGCCUGUCGGUGCUGGGGGACCUGCACACCCUCCGCCUGGGACACAACUCCAUCAGCCACAUCACCGAGGGGGCCUUCAGAGGUCUCAAGGCCUUGCGCCUCCUGGAGCUGGACCAUAACGACAUAUCAGGCACAAUAGAGGACACCAACGGGGCCUUCUCUGGACUGGACAACCUCAACAAGCUAACUCUGUUUGGAAACAAGAUCAAGUCAGUGGCCAAGAAAGCCUUCUCUGGCCUGGAGGCCCUGGAACACCUGAGCCUGGGACAGAACGCCAUCCGCUCCAUCCAGCCAGAGGCCUUCAGCAAGAUGAGGAGCCUGAAGGAACUGCUCAUUCAGAGUGACAGUUUCCUGUGCGACUGUCAGCUCCACUGGUUCCCCGAGUGGCUGGUGGCCCGGGGGCUAAACACUCACGUAGAGGCUACCUGUGCCCACCCCGAAACCCUGAAGGGUAUCAGUGUCUUCCUCGCUCCCCCGGAGAGAUUUGUCUGUGAUGAUCUUCCCAAGCCCCAGAUCACGGUGCAGCCAGAGACCACGGUGACCGUCCUGGGCAGCGACGUGCGCCUCACGUGCACAGCAGCCAGCAGCAGCAGUUCCCCCAUGACGUUCGCCUGGCGCAAAGACCAGGAGCUGCUCCGCCACGCGGAGGUGGAGAACUUUGCCCACGUGCGCGCUCACCACGGGGGUGCGCACGAGGCCGGCGGGGUGAUGGAGUACACCACCAUUUUGCACCUGCGCCACGUGACCUUUGCUCACGAGGGCCGAUACCAGUGCAUCAUCACCAACCACUUCGGCUCCUCCUACUCCACCAAGGCCCGCCUCACUGUCAACGUCCUGCCCACGUUCGUGAAGACGCCCGGGGACAACAUCAUCCGAACGGGCACCACCGCCAAGUUGGAGUGCGCGGCAGAGGGACACCCCACCCCCCAGAUCGCCUGGCAGAAGGACGGCGGGACGGAUUUCCCGGCGGCGCGCGAGCGGCGGAUGCACGUCAUGCCCGACGACGACGUGUUCUUCAUCAUGGACGUCAAGCCGGAGGACAUGGGCGUGUACAGUUGCACCGCCAAGAACACCGCCGGAGCCGUGUCUGCCAACGCCACCCUCACCGUGCUGGAGACGCCACACCUGGCCCAGGAUCUGGAGGACCGCAGUGUGGUGGUGGGCGAUACGGUAGCCUUGCAGUGCAAAGCCCUGGGCAGCCCCCCGCCCAAGCUCACCUGGCUGAGGAACGACGAGCCCCUCCGGCCGUCCGAGCGCCACCACUUCACCCCGGGCAACCAGCUGCUGGUGAUCGGCAGUGCCGUCCUGGACGACGCCGGGAAGUACACCUGCGUCAUGUCCAACGCCCUGGGCACGGAGCGCGCCCACAGCCAGCUGAGCGUCCGCCGGCGUCAGGCGGCCUGCGUCGCCCCGUCCGGGCCCAGCACAGUCACCGUGGGAAUCAUCGUCAUCGCCGUGGUGACCAGCAUCGUGGUGACCUCGCUGGUGUGGGUGUGCAUCAUUUACCAGACGCGCAAGAAGAGCGAAGAGUGCAGCGUCACCAACACAGAUGAGACCAUCGUACCCCUGGAUGUCCCCAGCUACCUGUCCUCCCAGGGGACCCUCUCUGAGCGGCAGGACAUUUGUGUCCGUGUGGAGGCGAGCGGGGGACCUCAGGCCAACGGACACAUAGAUAACACAGGUUUCCAUGGAGACGUGCUGUGUACCGACUGUAUGGAGAGUGGGAACAGCUACUCCCAGUCCCACGUGGACUACCUCCCCCAGGGUCUGGGACCCGUAGGCCCUGACUACCAGCAGCAGCCCCACCCCCCCCACAUGGACUACACGGUCGCUGUGCCUCUAGGGAUGGACACGGGACACUACACCGCGCCCCUCUGCAACGGGACCCCAAACGGGGUCAGAAGGGACACCCCACCUCCUUCGUUUCCUAGCAACCACAACACGGUGUCCACACGGAGAAAUCUCAACGACAGGAAAGACUCCUCAGGAGACAGGACAGGACAGACCAAGCUAGUGUGCUCCCCAUCCCAAGAGGAGGCCUUCCACAAGCCAGUGAAACUCACCCCCGUAAUGCGCCAGUAUGUGUUGGAUACAGACUGUGAGCCAGAGCUCAGACAGACUCUGCUUUCCAACGGACAUGCCCCCAGAGCCUCCCACAGUGACAGCACCCCCCUCAGGAGAGCCAGCGACUAGCAGGCCCUUCUCUCCCUGACACUAACUUGUUCUUUGCACUGGGAACUGCUACCUCAGACGGUGAGGCCAACGUCUGAUCCCCUCCCCCCGUUUGGACUAUGGGGGCGGGAGCAGGGAGGCAGAGCUUGUGUGGGUGGCGUCCCAUCUGAGCGUAUCAGCUGUACAUACUUAUAACCUUCCCCUGGGAGGUGGCAAACCAAUCGUAGCUCCUAAAUGUGACUUGCAUUUGAAGCAUGCAAAUGUAGGGAAUAUUGUACAGUAAUGUGUAAAAGAGAGAACGGAAUGUACCAUUGGACAGUUGACUGUACAUAAGAGUUUUCAUAUAUAUAUAUAUAUAUAUUAUAUAACUUCUACAAAGAGUAUUUGAAUUUAUUCAGUGCAUGACAAAGAACGGCGUGAUGGUAUUUUUGUCUUUUCAACUAGCCUCGUCAGCCUCUACCUACCAGCUUCAACUGCGGUGCCUUAUUGCAUGAUCAAAGAAACCACCACCGGGACUCCUAGUAUAGCAGAGAUUAGUGAGAGCUAUUGGUACUGUCAAACCAUGGAACACUUUAAUUGCACUUGAAUGUUUUUUUUGUUUUUUUGACGAAUGCAAAUGCUGCCCGUCAUGGCCUUAAAACCAUAACUCAUACUGACUGGUGUUUUAUGAAGGAAGCUUUGGUUUAAUGUAUUUGGGUGAUGUGGUACAACAUAGGACAAGGGGGUGUUUGGGAUAAUAAUCUAGGUUUGGGAUGUUUAAGCACUUUUGUACUCCUUAAAAAUGACCUCUGGAAACACAGCGGGUUCUUGUAACCCGAUAGGAAGAAUUCCUUGUCAGGAAACGAGGCACGGCCAUGGAGUGUCAAGGCUAUUCCACCUGUCAAGGUACGAACUACCGUCAAAGCUGCUGCACUUCAGUGGCCUUUGGGCAAUGGGGGGGGGGGAGGGGGGGGUCCAUGGCCUCACGGGAUACUCAAAUUAGAUUUUUUAUUUUUUUUUACUAAUUACCAAAAGCAUAUUUUUCUUUAUUAAAACCUCCCACAGGUUGAAUGGAAUCGUGGGCCUUCUCCAUUUGUGCAACGACAGGCCCAGAUUAUUUCAAAACACAUGAAUUGUAAUGAAUGUGGUCCAACUAGAAUCAUUCAUCCCAACACUUCCUGAUUUUUUUGAGCUAUUCCAAGAACCUGCCACAUUGUAAAAGGGAAUGAGGAAACUGUGAAGGUUCUGUUGUACACCUGUGAUGUCUCUCACUGUUAUGCUCCCAGUUAAUGGCCAGUAUUUAGCCUUCGUCACGUAACAACUGAUAAUAACCAUCCUUAAUAUGAUCAUGGUACCAACUGUUUUGUUCCUUAAGAACUAUGACCGGUACAAACGGAAUGCCAUUCUGUCAACAACUUACUGUUGGGAAACUAACCAAACCUAGAAAUGUCCCCUGCCUAUUGUCCUGGAUAUACUGGAUUGACAACCAGACACUGUGAAUGUCACUUUAAAAAGAAUUACAUUUUCCAAUGUAAGCAUGUUUGGCCAUCUUCUUGGGUAACUGUCACUAAACACUUGAGUUUUGCCUUCUCAAAAAAAGGCUCAUUGUUUGAUCAGUUGAAACAUUUUUCAGAGCAGGAUUUCUAGAUUGUAGUCAGCAUAUCGACCCUUAUAUCCAGGACUGAAUGGGUGACAUACAGUAAUUUAUUGAAAUAAACUGUCUAAAACCAUUGUACCAAUGUCGAGGCGUAAACAUUGAAGUGUCUAACAUGGCAUUGAAGUGUCUAAUAAAAUCACAUUUUGCUAUUA